GGCGGGCUGGCUGGGCGACUGGUUCGUGUCGCUUGCAGUCUGGCAGCACAGCGGCGCCGUCCAGUCUGCCACAUUCAGUCUCGCCAUUUGCUAUGCGUGCGCUUGCAGCAGCGUCGCAGUGUGCUUUUUAGAUGCCCAAGGGCGGCAAGCGGGCAGCAGGUGGUCAAACACGGCAUGGGCGGGACGCUGCACGCGUAUAGUGCCCUUCCAGACCGCCCAGGCUGGGGGUGGUCACUGGUGAUUACCUGUCGUCUCGUGGAUCGUGAUGGAGGUCUGCCGCUUACGGAAAUUCCUGCUGCUACUGGCAGAGUUUGGAUGUGGCAUCUGCGGCCAUCAUUCGUGGUGGGUGCUCCGCCUUGGCCGGUGCAGCUGGCCGCGAUGCGCAAGGGAUCUCACAAUCUCUGAUCAGUCGUCGUGUCUGAGACGGCAGCGCUCCGUGGAGGCAGCAGGCCUACCAUGUAGGCUGCAGCGAGUUGAUGAGGCCCACCAGCGCUAUCGUUUCUUCGUUUGUGGCCGGAUGGUGUCCCACUGUCGCAGUGCGCACUGGGCAAGGUCGUGUGUGGUGGGGGGAAUCAUGGCUGAAGCCCCUCUGGACGCGCACCAUGCAUCGCCUGAGGGGUCACGGCCCAAUCAGCGCGCGCGGGAGUGCUGAGGCUGUAUCGCGCGGCGCAGCUGGUGCUGGGGUGGUUUGGCGCAGGGAUUGAUUAUUCACGACGC